AUGCCAUCGGAAAAGGACCGCCUGUAUGUAGCGUUAUACGCUCGCGGUGGUAACCCAACUAUGCCGGGGCUUGAAGACAAGUAUCAUUGGGCCUUGAUAGUCGGUCCGAAGUUGGAAUCAAGUACCAGCCAAGGGUAUCGCUUCCAUGCCAAGGAAAAAUUGUCGUUCACUGGCAAUCCACCUGAGGCCAGAUGGGAGUGGCAUUACGAGGAAGUGACAACCUCCAUGACAGCAACCUCAAUGCUACUUGUCCGUAUCAUGGUCGGCAAGGUCAAAAGUACAAGUCUGCUACGGUCGAUAUUCCAGCAAAUACCCGUUAGACCGGAGGUCGAAGGAUGGAAUUGCGUCGGGUGGGUAAGGGAAGCAUUGCUUACUGCUACGCAGGAUAGCAGGGCAUUGAGUAAGGCCGCCGGCACUUGGGACUUAGUGAGAGACACGGCAAUGUGGUAUGUUGAAAGCAAGAAGACCGCCAAUCGCUUUGAUGGGACCUACGACUACGACCCAACUCAAGUAGCAACGUGGGAUAUGCUGUCAGCGAAGGAGCUUAUGCAAUAA